AUGGUAAUUAACGGUCAUAACGCGGUAAUUAACGGUGACAACGGUAUUAACGGUCACAACGGUAUUAACAGUCACAACGGUAUUAACUGUCACAACGGUAUUAACAGUUACAACGGUCACAACGGUAUUAACAGUUACAACGGUCACAACGGUAAUAACGGCCACAACGGUAUUAACAGUAACAACGGUCACAACGGUAUUAACAGUAACAACGGUCACAACGGUAAUAACGGUCACAGCGGUAUUAUCAGUUACAACGGUCACAACGGUAAUAACGGUCACAACGGUAAUAACGGUCACAACGGUAAUAACAGUUACAACGGUCACAACGGUAAUAACGGUCACAACGGUAAUAACAGUUACAACGGUAAUAACGGUCACAACGGUGACAACGGGACCUUAAAACAGACAAAAACUGCACCAACAGGGACCUUAAAACAGUCAAAAACAGCACCAACAGGGACCUUAAAACAGUCAAAAACUGCACCAACAGAGACCUUAAAACAGUCAAAAACAGCACCAACAGGGACCUUAAAACAAGCAAAAACUUCACCAACAGGGACCCUAAAACAGUCAAAAACUGCACCAACAGGGACCUUAAAACAGUCAAAAACUGCACCAACAGAGACCUUAAAAACAGUCAAAAACAGCACCAACAGGGACCUUAAAACAGACAAAAACUGCACCAACAGGGACCUUAAAACAAGCAAAAACUUCACCAACAGGGACCCUAAAACAGUCAAAAACUGCACCAACAAAGACCUUAAAACAGAGAAAAACUACACCAAUAAGGACGUGAAACAGGCACAAGCAACUCCAACAAUAAAGCCUUCACAUAAACGGAACGAAAAAAGAAAGAAAUAA